GUUACGCAAAUCCGCAAAGGAUCCCGAAACCGUUCGCCGAAAGUCGUGACGAUGACGUAGCGACAGCGACAGCUGUGCAAACUGCACGCCGCGCCGUCAUCGUGACGCAACCGACGAGCCUCCGCCGCUGACUCAGCCACAGGCUUAUAACACAAACUCGCCGCCUUCCACACCAUACCUCCACAGACCGUCGAACGAGCAACACGUACCUAAUACAAGUGUCAGUGAUAACUUACGACGUGCAAGUGACUAGUAACCAGUGAUAUUAAGAUUUGUGAAACUUUAAAAAAAAUGGAGAAGUUGUUCAUGGUUUUGGUGCUUUUUGUGAUUGUGAGGGCGGUGGAGAAUAGACACCACCCAAAGUUUGGCAGGAGUUACGAGGAGCAUGAAGUCCCGCCUUUAAAGAAAGUAUCCUGUAGCAGUGGCUCAAGCGAGAGGAGUGCUCUAAUUGAGGAUGCGCGAUGCGGAGCACCCCGAGAAGUUUUCGUUGUACUUAAACCCAAAGCAGCUCACGAAGAGAUCCAUCCGGGCGCCGUGUGGGUCAAACGCUGCGUCGGCCUCUGCGACCACGUGGGCUCGGACUCCAAAUGCGUUCCUCGCGAGACAACCAUCCGUCAUAUACCAAUAAAGAUUACCAAUAUGAAGACUGGCAAGGAGUCGUGUUCCCUGUACGAGCUGGAGGAACACUUGUCAUGCCAGUGCUGCACGGGCAGCCCUGAGAGCUGCGCGGCAAGUGGCCGGGUGUUCAACCCCCGUAAGUGCGCCUGCCAAUGUCCAAAUCUCGAGGAGCGCCGCAACUGCCUCGCUAAGAACCCGAAUAUGCGGUGGAAUCGUUCUAAAUGCGCUUGUGAAGCGCGAAGACGGAUAAGAUAAGUGAUAGAGCCUCAAACAUUCUGGGGCCAAAAUCGACAUGUUGAUUCGAUCACCCGUGGAUAAUAUCAUUUGGUACAACCAAAACUCAACUCUGGACUCGGGAUCGUUCGGUUGUCACCUAACUGUGGAUUGCUAAUGUCAAAUUUUGACAUUGUACGUAUUCGAUAACUUGUGAUUCUUCCCACAUCAACGGGAGAUCAACACGAUACGUCAAACGUCGCUUGUCGAAUAGCGGUCCUGGAAGAAAGUCCAAGCGAUUAUGAGUUUGACUACAGUGGCGGGGUAACAUGAAAAACUAAAGACUUGUAAAAGUGACCUUAGUUCUAUUGCCGACUGAUAUAAGUGUCUUAUAACAUAACUAGACUAAGUCUCAACAGUAUUAAUAGAGUAGGUAAGCUAUUUAUUUUAGGUUUUUUAUAUGGGGCCAA